UGCUGUGGUGACGGUGAUGUGGGGACGGUGUGUGGUGGCUGUAGUGUCUGCGGUACUACAGUCCGCCGUAUGUCAUUGGUAUAAUGCACUAACGCCGCGCUAUACAACCGCAACACUACGUUUACAAGAACAACACUCUCCUAUUUACAACACCUCUCCGCAAAAAUGCCAGGCGAGUUCCGCGUCGAGGAAGCCGACCCGGCCGACUUCCCAGCCCUCGCCGCCAUCGUCGCAACCUGCUUCCAGUCCAUGCCCGUCGAAGCCCUCACCACCGGCCCCCCCACCCCAUCCAACCUCUCCGCCCUCGCCGCCCGCUACCUGCACGCCCACCAUCUACACCAGGCCCACGCCACCGUCCCCGCGUUCCUAAAAUGCGUCUACACUGACCCCACCACCCGCGCGCAAACCAUCGUAGCCACCGCCCAGUGGUACAUCUACCCCCGCCAACGCACCGCUGAGGAAGUAAGCACCCCGCACUACCUCCUCAGCUGCGCCUGGAUGCCCGACGGCCCGGACAAAGCCAAAGCAACGGCGUUCUACGCGCCCUUUCUCGCCGCCCGCAGGCGCUGGAUGCGCGCGCGCCCGCACGGCGUGUUGAUGUAUCUGGCCGUGCUCCCGGCGUGGCGGCAGCGCGGCGCCGCGUCGCUGUGCGUGCAGUGGGGUCUCGAGCGCUGUGACGCGCUGGGUGUGCCUGCGUAUCUUGAGGCGAGCGAGGCGGGGGUCCCGGUGUAUGAGAAGCUGGGGUUCGAGGCUGUGGAGGUGGUGGAGUUUGAGUGGGAGGGUAAGGGGGGAAGGUGUCCGGUUAUGAUCAGGGGCGCUGGGGGGAGCGGGUGGGAGGGCGAUGGCGAGGGGCGGGAGGGCGCGCUGGGGGAAGCGGAUGGGUGA